CGCAGGAAAAUCCCGGAACAGAUGAUCAAGAGCAAAGUAUUUACAGCGAUAUGAUCCCAAUGAGGAGCACAUAAGAUACAUUUAUUGAAAAUUAAUAUAUAGGAUUUAAAAAAUAUUUUUUUGUCGAUUUUGUUGUAAGAAUUUGUCCACAAAUUUAUUUCGUGGUGGUUUAAUUAGAACAGACAUGGCGGAUACAUUCAGUCUUGAAAGGGUUUUGGAAACAUUCAGAUCAAGUCUGAGUGAGACUAAGGAGGUUUACAUGAAAUAUUAUAUAGCAGGAUGGCAGGAGCUGGUCUCCUUCAUGAAUAGUUUAGGGAAUGUGUUUUCCUUCAUCUCCAAGGAUGUGGUCAGCAAAAUCCAGAUCCUAGAGAACUUCCUUUCAGGAGAAAACAGGUCCUGUUAUGUCACUAUCCAGUCCAUGGUGAAGUAUGAGCUGGAAAAUGAACUGGUGGACCUCACCAAAAGAGGCAGCCACCCAGAAUCCGGCUGCCGCACUCUUCUGAGGCUCCAUCGUGCUCUGCUCUGGCUGGAGCUGUUCCUGGAGAGAUUGCGAACCAGCAAAGAGGACGGCAAGACCUCCGUCAUGUGUUCUGAAGCCUAUAACGAGUCUCUGGCUCAGCAUCACCCCUGGCUCAUCCGGAAAGCUGUCGGCGUGGCGUUCUGUGCCCUUCCGGGGCGUGACACAUUCUUUGAUGUGAUGAAUGCGGGUGAUCACACGCAGGUGGUUGCUCUGUUGGGAGAGUCUUUGCCUCUCAUUGCUGAGGUCUACCAGAUCACAGAAGACUUGUAUGCGAAGAACAACCUCCUGGAGUUACCGUAGAGGGGGACUGAUAUAUAUUAUUAUAUAGUCCUUGUGGCACAUACUCACUUAUUCACUACAAACAUCAAUUUCUUUGACUGUCUGCCUGUUUUAAAACUAAAGGGACAUGCAAUAUGCAGAUUUAAAGCACAUUUUAAGCAGGGUUCUGCUCAUUUAAGCUAUCAACUACACAACACCAAGUUGGCAUUAAAUGCUGGGUGCACUUCAAUAUAUUUGAGCUUAGGGAACAAUAUAAAGCUAUUUAAAGGCAAAGGAUGUGUAUGAUAUAUAUCUAAAUUAGAGUACUGUAUAUUUGAAUAUAUAGGUAAUUUUUCCCUUGAGUGUUAAUUAUUUUAUUCGAAAUACUUUUACUUGAAUUCAUGUCGAAUGUGUGUCAUACAUCUGCAGCUUUGCUGAAACUGCAAAGGGGGAAAUUUUGUUGUGAAUGUAUAAAUAAGGUGUAAUGCAAUAAUUAAAUAUAAUGUUCUGAGAAACGUGUGUUUGUUACGGUUAUUCUCAUAUUAUUAUAUCUAAAAUGAAAAGAACACUGAACAAUUUUCAAGCUUUGCCUUAGGAUGAUGACAUUUACUUCUUUCAGUAUUUACAGUGUCAUUUGCAGUUUGACAAAGAGCAUACUUCUUAGCAAGCAAUACAACACUAUUUAGUUAUAUUCAGUGUAUUUUUUUGGUUAUUAUUUACUAGUACUACAAACCCGAUUCCAAAAAAGUUGGGACACUGUACAAAUUGUGAA